AUUUAAUUCGUUCUGGAAUCAAAUAUUUCGUUCGUUCUAAUUUAUUUAUUUCACAAAAGAACUUGAUUCGCGACCGCACAAACUUCGGUUAACAAGAUGUUUUUUUCGAGGAGUAAAAACUCCAAUUUGCACAACAAAGUUGUGGUAAUAACAGGUGCUAGUUCUGGUCUAGGCGAGGCUCUAGCUCACGCCUUCUACAAAUGUGGCUGCAAACUCAUACUCGUCUCCAGGCGAUUGACGGAACUGCAGCGAGUGAAGCAAGCUCUGCUUGACAAACACGACAACACAAUCACGACUUUUGUACCGGCAAUUUUCACCUUGGACUUGACAGAGAUCAAUUCGUUGCCUGCUGAAGCUGCCAAGAUCGUGCAAAUCUAUGGUAGAAUUGACAUUCUGAUCAACAAUGCUGGUGUGUCCUACAGAGGAGAAGUGGUGGAUACUCAAAUUGAUGUUGAUAUCAAAGUGAUGCUCAUAAAUUAUUUUGCCCAAGUGGCUUUUACCAAAGCUUUUUUGCCCACGAUGCUGCAGCAACAAUCCGGAGAAAUUGUGUGUAUCAGUAGUGUUCAGGGCAAAAUGGGUAUACCGAUGAGAUCAGCUUACGCAGCAUCUAAGCAUGCUUUGCAAGCUUGGUGUGAUUCUACAAGAGCUGAAUUGCACUCAAAAAACAUAAAUGUAUGUGUAAUAUGUCCAGGAUAUAUUCAGACUUCCUUGUCGUUGAAUGCAUUAACUGGAAAUGGAGAAACAUAUGGAUUGAUGGAUGCAACGACUGCUGCCGGUUAUUCACCCGAAUAUGUAGCAGAAAAAGUAGUGAAAGCAGUGCAGAGGGGAGAAAAAGAGAUUGUUAUAGCACCAAUAAUGCAUAGAAUUGCCAUUCUAUUAAGGACUCUUUUUCCUUCAGUAUUCUUUUGGUUAAUGAAAAAAAGAGCUGAAAGUCAAAAAAAACUAUUAUAAAUUACAAUUAUUGU